AUGGAAGGUUUCAACUUAAUGAGCUGGAAUGUUAGAGGGUUAAACAAGAGGAAUAAGCAGUUAUCCAUUUUAGAUAUCUGCAAGUUGAAUAAGAUUGGUAUUGGGGCUCUUUUAGAAACUAAAAUAAAAGGAGAGCGAAUUAAGGAGGUUAUGAGUUCAAGUUUUAUGGGUUGGGAUUUCUAUAGUAAUUUGAGCUUGGAGGGUAGAAUUCUUUUAAUUUGGAAGGCUUGCUGGGUCAAAAUAGAAGUAAUAAAGGAUCAUGUUCAAUUUCUCCACUGCAAGGUUCAGAUUUGGGCUACAGGCCAGUCUUUUUGUCUAACAAUAGUUUAUGGCUCUAACCAGCUGGAGCCCAGGAGAUUUCUUUGGUCUGAACUAUCUUCUUUAACUUUCCCAGUUAAACCUUGGUUAGUAGUAGGUGAUUUCAAUGCUUUCUUUGAUUCAGCAGAUCGAAUGGGAGGUAAGGCCAUAUCAAUAAAGGAGUUAGAAGAUGCAAUACAAUGGCUCGAUCUUGGUAUAGUGGAAGAAGUGAAGAUUAUGGGUUCGUUUUAUACUUGGUCGAACAAUCAAGAUGGGAACAACCGUAUUUUUUCCAAGUUAGAUAGAGUGUUUUUUAAUGAGGAUUGGCUUGAUUCAUUUCCUAAUGUCAAUGCCAUAGCGAAUUGGGAGGUAGUUUCAGAUCAUUGUGCUAUAAUUCUGAAGCAUAUUCCAGUCCAGAAAGAGGGCUUACGUCCAUUUCGAUUCUACAAUAUGUGGACUGGCCAUCCUAAUUUUAAGAUAACAGUAAUGAAUAGCUGGAACCAACCUUUAAAGUCUGAGGGUCGAGGUCUGGAGCAGAUUUCUAGUAAGCUACAUCGGCUUAAGUAUGAGAUGAAGAGGUUUAAUUGGAGGGUUAUAGGAGAUAUUGUCAAGAUUGCAACUUCAGGACAUAUAGACUCUUCAGUUUUGAACUUAGGUCUGAUUGUGAACCUGGAAGACCAAGUAGAGCUGAUUAAGCCUUUCUCUUAUCAAGAUGUCAAAACAGCCAUGUUAAGCAUAAAUGCUAUUAACAGUCCUGGUCCAGAUGGGUUUGGAGCUGUUAGUCAUCCUACAAAUGCCUCAGAGUAUAGACCAAUUGCUUGCUUUAAUACUCUGUACAAAUGCAUCUCAAAAAUGCUUUGUAACAGAUUGACCUCUAUUCUUCCUAAGUUGGUCAAUCAAAAUCAAGGGGCUUUUGUUAAGAAUAGAUCUCUUGCCCAUAAUGUCCUUAUUCCACAAGAUCUUAUUAAGGGUUAUAAUCGCAAACAAAGUUCUCCUCAUUGCUUAAUGAAGAUAGAUAUCAGCAAAGCCUAUGAUUCCAUUGAUUGGGGCUUUUUAGAGAACCUGCUGAAUGCAUUCAGAUUCCCUGGCAGAUUUAUUAGAUGGAUUAUGAUAUGUCUAAGAGGCUCCUCGUAUUGCAUUUUCAUGAAUGGUCAGCUCCAAGGUAGUUUUAAGGGAGGUAAAGGGCUUCGUCAAGGCGAUCCUAUCUCUCCCUUACUCUUUGUUCUAGUUAUGGAAUAUCUUACUCGAGGCCUUCAUGGGGCUACUAAGGAUAAAAAAUUCAGAUUCCACCCUUUAUGUAAAUCUUUGAAUAUUGCUAACCUUUGCUUUGCGGAUAAUUUACUUCUUGUUUGCAAAGCUCAUGCUAAUUCUAUUAAGAUUAUUCAACAGCCUUUCGAAACUUUCUCAGCUGCAUCUGGUCUGUACAUCAACAAUUCCAAGUCCCGAAUAUUUUUUGGAGGCAUCUCAGGCUCUGAGAAGGCUUACCUGCUGAGUCUAUCUAAAAUGACAGAAGGGACUUUUCCUUUAGUUUAUCUUGGCAUGCCGUUGAGACCUACCAAAUGGAAAUCUAUGGACUGUGAUAUCAUUAUUUCGAAAAUAAGGCAAAGAUUACAUGGUUGGGCUAGUUGA